AUGAGGCGGCCGAGCUGUGACGGUGGGACGUCUUACACAGACAAGGGAGAAAAGCCCCUGCGAGGCCGCUUCAUCCAUUUCCACUCCAUUACCUUCUGGGUCGGCAAUGCCAAGCAGGCUGCAUCCUACUACUGCAACAAGCUGGGCUUCGAGGAGCUGGCGUACCGGGGACUGGAGACCGGCAGCAGGGAGGUGGUCUCACACGUCAUCAAGCAGGACAAGAUCGUGUUUGUUCUCUCAUCUGCUCUCAACCCAGGGAAUGAGGAGAUGGGGGAGCACCUGGUGAAGCAUGGUGAUGGGGUGAAGGACGUCGCCUUCGAAGUGGAGGACUGUGACUUCAUCGUGCAGAAAGCCAAGGAGCGCGGAGCCGUGGUGGUGAAGGAGCCCUGGGUGGAGGAGGACAAAUUUGGGAAGGUGAAGUUCGCGGUGAUCCAGACGUACGGUGACACCACCCACACCUUGAUAGAAAAGCUCAACUACAAGGGCCUCUUCCUACCCGGGUACCACCCGCCCCUCUUCAAGGACCCCCUUCUGCCGAAGCUACCAAGCACUAAGCUCAAUUUUGUCGACCAUGUUGUGGGGAACCAGCCCGACCUUCAGAUGGUCCCAGUAGCAGACUGGUACCAGAAGAACCUGCUCUUCCACCGAUUCUGGUCAGUGGAUGACAAGCAGCUGCACACCGAGUUCAGCGCCCUGCGCUCCAUUGUUGUCACCAACUAUGAAGAGACCAUUAAGAUGCCCAUUAACGAGCCGGCACUCGGCAAGAGGAAAUCCCAGAUUCAGGAAUAUAUCGACUACUAUGGAGGGGCCGGAGUCCAGCACAUUGCGCUGAACACCUCCGACAUCAUCUCAGCGAUCACCAGCCUGAAGCAGCGAGGUGUGCACUUCAUGGACGUACCAUCCAGCUACUACCAGAUGCUGCGGGAGAGGCUGAAAACUGCCAAAAUCAAAGUGAAGGAGAACAUCGACAAGCUGGCGGAACUGAAAAUCCUGGUGGAUUUUGAUGAGAAAGGCUACUUGCUCCAGAUCUUCACGAAACCAGUUCAAGACAGACCCACAGUCUUUCUGGAGAUCAUCCAGCGGCAUAACCACCAGGGCUUCGGUGCCGGGAACUUCAAGUCUCUGUUUGAAGCGAUAGAAACGGAUCAAGACGCAAGAGGAAACCUGACCAUCCUGGAGCCCAACGGGGAGACCAAGUGCAUCUAG